AUGUCGUUUAUGAUGCAUGAGAUUGUCUACUUUGGCCGUUCUCUUCCCUGGAUAUUCAUUGAUAGCCUGGGUUUGCUGAAAUCCUACAAGAUCCAGAAUAACAAAACUCCCUCACUACGGGAGCAAUGGGAUUGUGCCAAAUUUGUUCUUCUCAGCCACUUUACUGUGGAACUCCCUCAGAUAUGGCUCUUUCAUCCGAUGGCCCAGUUUUUCGGUCUAUCGACAUCAGUCCCUUUCCCUUCUGUCUGGACCAUGGCAUACCAGAUCGCGAUAUUCUUCGUUUUAGAGGAUACAUGGCAUUACUUUUCACAUCGUGCACUCCACUGGGGUCCAUUGUACCGGGCCAUCCAUAAGAUUCACCAUCAGUAUUCGGCGCCUUUCGGUAUGGCUGCCGAAUAUGCGUCGCCGAUUGAAGUCAUGAUCUUAGGCUUUGGGACUGUUGGUUGUCCUAUCCUUUGGUGUGCAUUGACUGGUGAUCUCCAUAUCUUCACCAUGUACAUUUGGAUCGUCUUGCGGCUUUUUCAGGCCAUUGAUGCACACAGCGGCUAUGAGUUUCCUUGGAGUCUGCACCAUUUCCUGCCUUUUUGGGCAGGAGCAGAUCACCAUGAUCUUCACCAUGAGAAGUUCAUUGGCAACUAUUCGAGUAGCUUUCGCUGGUGGGAUUAUGUGCUUGACACUGAGUACACACCUGAGGCCCUUCGACGUCGCAGAGAGGUCAAAAGUACCACAACAACCAAGAAGGCUCAGUGA